CUACACGAUCUUCUUCCUCACAUUUUGUAUUACAUUUUCAGCCUGUUUCAUCACUAUGUCAUCCAUUAAAUUAUGGUGUUGUUUUGGAAGUAACUAAGCAUGUAUUAUCUGUUAAUGAUUUAAUGCUCUGAUUCUUUCGUCCUCUUCUUAGCCUGUGUGUUGAAGGCAAGUGUUCUGUGAAGUUGGGUGCGUAACAGGCAUGGUUAUAACUACUAUGAUCUGUCAAUGGCUUACGAUUAGAUCCCUUCCAUUUAUGUUGUUGGAUUGAGGCUAGACAUUAGGUUAGUGUUUGUUUAUCUUGCACUAAAAGCAGUAUGGAUGAAGCUACUGUCUGAGGUUUGUGUUGCCGAGGAUGUAAAGGUUUUGCUUUGUGAUUUUAUCAUUCUUGGGUUCUUUCAGCUUCUGUAGCAAGUGUGCAUAUAUACAGGGGGUUUUACUUUUAUUCUAACUAUAAUUGCUUGCUGAUCGUUAUUUGCAGCAAGCAAUGAAAAGUUGGAGACCAGGGCUAGGAACCUGUGGCAAACCAAGUGACUUAAUAGAAGAUUUUAUCAACAAAAUUAAUGUCAUUGUCAAAUGUAUUUUAAUUCCAAGAUAUGCUUAUGUAUGACAUUAAAGUCAACGUUGAUAUUCAUUUAUUCGGUUAAUUGUCAAGUUAAGUUGUAUGAUUUCUAUUAUUCCCAAAAAAAUGGUCUUUUUUACAGGGUGACGAGAAUCAUCAUUCUGCCCAUGAUACUAAUAUUUAUCUAAUUCCAAAGUUAUGUGCACACCAUGUAGCUCUGAAAUUUUCUGUGAAACAUCAUAGUUUAUUGCUGUUUACACUUAAAAAAUAAUCUUGUACCAUAUUGAUUAUUUACAAGGCAUUUAUUAUAUUUAUAAGGCCAGAUCAUUAAUGAAAUUAAUGAUCUUUGAACUGGGCCUCAUGAUAAUAAUUUUAAGCCCCAAACUACUAAGUCUCCAAGAAGGAGCUAGUCUCGUCGCGAGUUGAAAAGCCCGGCGUGGUCAUGAGAUUUAGACCAUGUCGGCAUCAAAUUUAGAGCCCGACGUGGUCAUGAGAUCUAGACCGUGUUGGCAUCAAAUCUAGAGCUCUACGUGGUCAUGAGAUCUAGACCAUGUUGGCUUCAGAUCUAGAGCUCUACGUGGUCAUGAGAUCUAGACCACGUUGGCUUCAAACUUAGAGCUCGACGUGGUCAUGAGAUCUAGACCACGUUGGCUUCAAACUUAGAGCUCGACGUGGUCGCGAGAUCUAGACCACGUCGUGAGACCAUGUCCAAGAUCUGAGCUAACAAGUUGGAAGUAAGAAGGCAAGUCAUGUGGGAGAGGCAAGUAACAAGACGACAGUUCCAGGAUGAAGAGUAGGCGGUUAACGGAGAAACUGCUGAUUAUCCCACGUACAAUGACACGUCAGCCACGUCCAAGAAAGAAGGGAAGCAGUUCUUUUUGGAAGUUACUCUAAGACAGUUUUCUACGACGGUUAUCAUCUCAAGCCUAUAAAUAGGAGGAGGAGUUGACAUAGAGGAGGUUCGCCAAAUUCACACCAGACAACACAAUGUCAAAUUUUAUCCCUUUAUCCUUUCCUUUGCAAUUUUAGUCAUAGUAGUAGAUCUGGAGCUCUCACUGAACCUCCAUAGGAGUAGGAGUAAUUUAAUGUAGAUCUGUCUCGAGAUUCGUGUAAACAUCGAUCAUCCUCGUUCGAAUUGUGUUUGAAGAGGUGUUAAUUGUGUUAAGUUAAUCGUUGUCCAAAGAAGUCGAGGUGCAAUCAAUACCAAUUCAACGCAAGUUUUCUCACCGGAGAACAAAUUUGGCAUACCCGGUGGGACACUUGUGGUCGAUUCAAUGGCCCCGAGGCGGAGGAACCAAGAAGGUGACGUUCCGGCUGGAUUCGUGGAGGAGCAGGCGGCCAACAUCGAGCAUGGCCAAGCGGCCGACGCGGUGACCGGAGGAAACGGUGGAGCAGAGAUCUUGGUGGCAACCGCGCCUGGUGGAGAUCUCGGCGAAGUAGUGGGGGCCCUUCGUCAGAUGAUGGAGGAGAAUCGCAAGAUGCUUGCAGAGAACCGUCAAGCCUUGAAGGAGAACCGCAAAAUGGUGGUAGAAACUCGUCUAGCCUUGGAGGAGAACCGCCAAGUGAUAGAGGAGAACCGCCGAUGCAUUUAGAAGGCCUUGGCAGGUACCAAUAAGAUAAUUUCUCAACUUGAUUGUUUUUAUUCAAGUUUUGAUAGGCAUGUGGAUAAGAUUUUGGAGAUAAGUAAAAACGAUCUAAGAGAUUUCGGAAAAAUUUUAAUAAAACCAGUGUCGCAAUCAAUGGUUUUGACGCAAAAUGGUUUAGAACUAACACCAAAUAAUAAAAUUGUGUGCAAAAAUCUUUCUCCCUCCUAUGGGUGGUAUACCCAGCCACGAACAGAGAACUUGUUAUCUCCCGUGGCAACUCAACCGCCCCCUCUACGUGAGGGUUGUGGUGAGAGAUCCACCUCGACUUUGAACAACAGUGAUGGGGUCUUGCAUGUACAAGGUGAUGUUCAACCAUUCGUUCUCGAGACAAGAUCAGAUGAGACACUUGUCAAUGGACGAGAUUGUGAAGAUCCUUUAAACGUGGAACAAGUACCACCACAUGCUUGCCCACCCCCAAAGCCACCCCUAUUGAGUGGACAAAUAGGUGAUUCUGAUGGACUCAAAACACCUAGAGCUCAGCAAGGGGGGCAUGAAAGUCUAAUUUCCACAAGUUGACGCCGAGAUGUCCAUCUGGGGGGUAUGUGGUGUCUAAGAGCUCACAUCAAUCACAAGCAAUACAUGCUUGUGCUAAACCUAUUAAUUUGGCUAAGUCUGGAAAGGGGGGCAUGCCUCCAACCACUUGCAGUGGACAUGGGGGCAUAUCUAACAAGUCACGACGUGAGAAAGCCAUAAAAAGUUAUUGUAGAUUUGAAAAUUUGGCUAAGUAUGGACAAGACAUGUCCAAGAAGCCAUAUGAAGUGCAAGUCACACAUGUUUGCGAUAAGCAUGCUAAUUUGACUAAGUCUGGACAAGGGAGCAUGUCACCCACCAUGAAGAAUGGAGUAGAGGGCUUCUUCAAGAAGACACAACAAGUCAAACCCCCACAUGGAUUUUGUAAGCGUGAGAUUAUGGACAAGGGUGGAAUGGGGAGGGGGGGGGGGGCAAGUCCAUAUCAAUGAAUAGUAAGUACUCGACACCAACUACAAAGAGUGGACAUGGGGGCAUGUAUAAGAAGUCACCAUACACACCAACCAAACAUUGUUGCGCAAAGAAUCAAUGGUGGUUGAGUGCUAAGUGUAGGGGACAACAAGGUUUAUUUGUUGAAAGACGAAGACAAGGAAGCUACACGAGUGGUUGUCGACUUGUCAAGCCUAGACCUGGUCCCCAACAUCAUGAUGAGAUUAAUCAUGUAUCAAGUGGGAGGAAAUCAAGGCAAAAGAAUAAUCAUGAUAGCCUUGACAUGUCAAGUAAGGCGGCCCAAGCAAAGAAGCAUGAGACCUCAUGUAAGGCCACUAAGACUAAACAGGCUGACCAUGUAUCACCCAUUAGCAAGCUAGAAAAUUCAAAGUUAAUAUAUGAAGAUUCAUCUCCCAUGGAGGAAAAGAGUCAUGUGGUCUAUGGAUGGCAUGUCUGGUUUGAUCCAUGGACUUGGCAAUGGGUGUACACCUUUGGUACAUUGAUUGUUGCGCAGUGGCGGAUCCAGGGGGUGGCCACCCCGGGCCCCGGCCCAGCCCUCCUCUGGAUCCAUAGUUAGUAAAGGCCUUAUGAAUUU